AUGAAACGGUUGCUAAAUAGAGGAAGGGAAGGAAAAAUAGCACAGCGGCCUGAGUGCCGUCAACUCAUUAAGCAGCAGGUUAACCAUCUCCAAAAUGAGCGAUGCGAGGAGCUCGACAAGAAAAGGGAUGAGGCCCGACCUAUACUAGCUAGUCCUUAUAAUUAUAUCGUCGACGGUGUAUUAUCUUGUCCAAAAUGUGCACGUACCUUUAUUAAUAAAGUCGGGUACACAAGUCAUCAAAGAGCGCACCAUAGGGAAGCACAACGAGACCCCCAUUUACAACAUUACAGCAAAGUCCUUGUAGUCGCUGUGGUCGAAAGCAGCCAAAACACGUCAUCAUCAUCACUCUCCAUAUUCAUU